AUGAGGGCGCCUCCGACCUUUGAGGAGGUCUCACACCAGAUAAUCAAGCGGUAUUUCAGGUAUCAGAAGGUUUUAGAGGAGAAUGUAAGGCGGAUAGCUGAAGCGGAACCGGAAGCCGUCUACGACGACUGCCAGGAUAAUAAAACGGAGCCUGCUGAAGAGAUCAGCUACUCACCUCCCUCGGAAAUUUUUAACUUUCCGGCCCACAACCCAUCGUUGAUGACGCUGCAGCAACUGCGGGACUACGCACCAGAGAAGAAGGCCCCCCUAGCGGAGAUAGUAGAUCCCAAAACAGGAGUGAAGGGCCUCGUUGAGACCUGGAACCGCUUCCAGCCCAACGAUCCCUCAGAGUUGCUGGCCCAGAUCCCCUCCCACCAGGGGAACAGUUGGUGUGAGCAGAGCUUGACCUGCAACGACCUCUUGCGCUUUCGAGCUCCCUUUUUCUUCUACGGUCAACGAUUUGACCGGUUGACACGGAGUCAAACUGAGUACUUAGAGCACUGGCAGGCUGUAGUGCGUAACCAUUGCGAUCGUCAACAAGCCGAAGUGGAGGGUCAGCUGGAGCUAUGCCACUGCUAUGACUCACGCCUCCAUCACAUGCGACCUCCGUGUUGGCAAACCGGUCUCACUGACAUGGGUCAGUCCUACGCCUACCGCUAUAAAGAUAUGAUGCGAAAUUUGCUGGGUCAUAAUCACCAUGACAGAAAUUCGUCACGGGAAACGUUGGUGCGCUAUACGACCCCCUUCAACUUGAAGCAAAUGGAAAAUAUUGGACCAAUGGAAUACAUAAAGCGGUAUUGCGAGCUGAGGGCUACCCGAGUACCAUAUUAUACCCGAAUCUUUAACAAAUUCAAGGAGAAUAGAACCCAACUUAUUCCAAUUAGCAAACUUGAAGAGCCGCUGAAGGCUCUUAUGGGCGGUUCUUUUAAUAAGGAACAAGUUGAAGAGAUCGUCUCCCUGUUGGAUAUACCUGGGGAGGAUUACGCACUGAAUGCCAUCGAAUUUGCGCGCAUUUGUGCUCUCGCUGAGCGUCUUUUCUACUGUCAAAAUAUGUAUGUUCUUCAACAGUCACCUUUGAACCUUAACCUCAUUACAAAGAGAUCUAAGCGAAUAUACGGUGAAGAAGGCUAUGCAGUGCAACAGGGAAUCUUGGAAAUGGCAGACUUUCAUAUGCUUGUGAAAAAACUAGAGCAUGUGCAACUGGCGGAGUUUGGCGUGGCUCGCUCUGCAGGGAUGGAAUGCAUGAAACCAGGUAGUCAACACGAGCUUGUGAAGAAAUAUUUCAGGAUCGUGCAUGAGAGUAUGUCAAAAGUGGGUAAGAAAAAGGAAUGGCUGAAGGAGUUUGGUGAGAAUAAAACAGACUUCCAACGCGUUUGUUAUCUCCUCAGGGCUUUGGAAGCUGCUAAUGCCGUGAAGGCCGGUAUAGAAGUGCUUGGACUGCCGUUCACAAGAGAGGCGAUGGCGAGGUUCAAUGGCAAGUCGGAUGAGGCAUCGACGCGGAUACGGGAGUCUAGCAACCGGUUGUGGGAAUCACGCAAAGUGAUGAAAGCACUUGCAUUUUAUACAGCCGCACUCUUUCACGCGGCUUCGGAUUCUGCAAGGGCUCUGGCUUUGGGGAAUCGUUCCUGUGUUCUAUUCAGCUUAAAUUGCUUCGAGGAGGCUGCUGCAGAUGCAAGCGAGGCACUCAAGUUGGGCUUUCCACAGUCAAAGGCCGCACGUCUGCACAUCCGCAUAGCCCAAUGCCAUCAGCGACGGAAUCACCUGCCGGAGGCAAGACAGCACUUCCAGGAAGCCAUCAGCCUCCUCGAUCAUUCUGAAGUCUCUAUGAAGACCUUGCUUCUACCACUGGCUAAACGCGGGUUAUUGGAAUGCAGUGCGGAACGGGAGAAGACGAAGUCGAUGCACCCAUCCCCCUCUGAAUCUGUCUGGAAGUGCAUUCGUUACGAACCUCCGAAGUUUUCAAAAUCCCAGGCAAUUAAGGCGACGAAGGAGCUUAUUGAUGAUACAUCGGAGACUUCUUGCCGUCUGCUCUCUGCACCAGAUGGAACUGUUCGCCUAAGGAAUACCGGUCGCAAACGCGGUUGGACGCUUGAAGUUACAAGGAACGUUUCUGUUGGUGAGGUUCUCAUAGUUGACAAGCCAUAUGCCUCCGUUCUGGUGAAGGAGUUCCUUCACAUGUAUUGCUACCACUGCUACAACCGAUGCUUCAACCUCAAACCUUGCAGUGGCUGCUCUUUCGUGGGUUUCUGCAGCCCCUCGUGUGCGGAGAGCGCGAUGAGACGUGAUGGUGGAAGGAGGGACGGAUUGGGUCGCCAUGUACACGAUUGUGGUGGACUAGUUCCCUGUCUUCAGUUGGACAACUAUGCCGGCUGGCCAAAGGAGUCCAAGGACUCCGUGGGCGGACCAAAUGUCUCUCAUCUUGCCUUUGCUUGCAUUGGCAACACCGCACCAGACUGUCUGCUUGACUACAUCUGCUCAACCGGACGCUAUGAGAAGCAGGAGGAAGGCAAAAGGGGUCACCAGGCUUUCGUUGGCUCCUCGAUCCGCGAUGUUGCUCCGAGUAUCCUCGAUCCCUCUGAUUAUUCUGCUGCAGCCUGGUUAGUUGCCUGCAGUGAGUACCGAAGCCGUGCCGAUCUCUGGCAACGUACGGUCGCUGCUGUCUUCCUCACCUACUGCCUUUCUAUUAAUGACUACCCAAUGGCGUGGUUUGAGGAGGCGGAUCUUUUCUACACUCCUCCAUCUCCUAAAAAUCGUCCAGAUCGCCUUCCAGCAAGUUGGAUUGCGGCUUGCCUGCUCUACCAUCUUCAAUCUGUUCCGGUCAAUGCACAUAGCCACGCGGAUGACGUCUUCUCCUCUCUCCAAAAUCUCGCCUCCUAUACAAUGCGUGAUACCUUCUCCGCCCUCUACCCAACCCUCUCCCUUGUCAACCACUCCUGUGAUCCUUCGACGUUCCGUACCUGCACCAGUGGCGCCACUUGCUUCCUCUCCGCUCUGCGUCCCCUGACUGCAGGCACAGAAAUCUUCGACUGCUACACCGACUGCUUCUCCACCAAGCCUCGCGACGAUCGUCAGAGUGAACUCAGCUCCCACUACCUCUUCCAAUGCGCCUGCGAAGCCUGCACCAAGGACUGGCCGACUCUUUUCGAUCCCAAGCGCCGCCAAAUGGAGUUUCUACGUUGUCCACAGUGCUCUGGCGUCCUGCAUCUGCCUGCUCGGCGUUGUCCUCACUGUCGAUCGACUCGGGCACUAACGAGCUACACUCAUUUGGUGAAUGUUGAGGUGCCAAAGCAGAUGGAAUUGGUUUCGGAGGGUGUGGUGAGAAAUGAUGCGGUGGAUGUUGCAGGGGAACUCUUGAAAAAGCUGGAUUUGCUGGUCCUGCGACCUGGGACUGUGUGGGACCAAGCUCAAGAGCUCUUUAAAAUGAAGCAGGAGGAAGGCAAAAGGGGUCACCAGGCUUUCGUUGGCUCCUCGAUCCGCGAUGUUGCUCCGAGUAUCCUCGAUCCCUCUGAUUAUUCUGCUGCAGCCUGGUUAGUUGCCUGCAGUGAGUACCGAAGCCGUGCCGAUCUCUGGCAACGUACGGUCGCUGCUGUCUUCCUCACCUACUGCCUUUCUAUUAAUGACUACCCAAUGGCGUGGUUUGAGGAGGCGGAUCUUUUCUACACUCCUCCAUCUCCUAAAAAUCGUCCAGAUCGCCUUCCAGCAAGUUGGAUUGCGGCUUGCCUGCUCUACCAUCUUCAAUCUGUUCCGGUCAAUGCACAUAGCCACGCGGAUGACGUCUUCUCCUCUCUCCAAAAUCUCGCCUCCUAUACAAUGCGUGAUACCUUCUCCGCCCUCUACCCAACCCUCUCCCUUGUCAACCACUCCUGUGAUCCUUCGACGUUCCGUACCUGCACCAGUGGCGCCACUUGCUUCCUCUCCGCUCUGCGUCCCCUGACUGCAGGCACAGAAAUCUUCGACUGCUACACCGACUGCUUCUCCACCAAGCCUCGCGACGAUCGUCAGAGUGAACUCAGCUCCCACUACCUCUUCCAAUGCGCCUGCGAAGCCUGCACCAAGGACUGGCCGACUCUUUUCGAUCCCAAGCGCCGCCAAAUGGAGUUUCUACGUUGUCCACAGUGCUCUGGCGUCCUGCAUCUGCCUGCUCGGCGUUGUCCUCACUGUCGAUCGACUCGGGCACUAACGAGCUACACUCAUUUGGUGAAUGUUGAGGUGCCAAAGCAGAUGGAAUUGGUUUCGGAGGGUGUGGUGAGAAAUGAUGCGGUGGAUGUUGCAGGGGAACUCUUGAAAAAGCUGGAUUUGCUGGUCCUGCGACCUGGGACUGUGUGGGACCAAGCUCAAGAGCUCUUUAAAAUGGUAGUGAAUUUUACCAGAGGUAGUUGGACUCUCGAGCCAUCAGAUUGA